CAAACUGAGGAAAGCAUCAAAUCCCAGCGUAGUAAGUUCUCAUGUGCUUUCCAAAUCUGACGUCUCAACUCAUCUGAUCAUUGACCAUUAACCUAAAUUCAAUGAAAACAAAGGUCAUCAUCAUUACCCACUUACCUUAAUCCAACCUCAUUAACCAGUGUUUAUUACACUAUUAGUCCUAAGCCCACUUUCAAGAAUCCCAAAACUGCCCUCCCGUCUCAACCUCACUCACCCUAGAUCUUCUUCUUCAAUCUUCCUUCCAUGUCCGGAAAAUGAAAUCCGGAGUUUCCAUUUUGAGAACCGAUUUGUUUCGGGCUAUUAUUGAAUUGUAGGAAAAAGAAGAAGCAGAUGAAAUGGAAAUGGGAGCUGGCAGUAUGCUUGCUAUAACUGUUGAAUCGUAAAGUUGAAGAAAUCUUGUCAAUUAAACUCGCCUUCGCCCCACCCACUCCCCCACUUCAACCGAUUGUGCCCCGUUUCUUUGAACCCACUCCAUUUUCAUCGACCGUUUUCUCUGUCUGAGCUGCAUUUGGUAGUUAGUAGCAGUUGUUGGGUUGUUGGCGGAGGAGGAAGGGGAAAGCCCAGAAUGAAGCAGCUAACGGCGUUGCAGCAGCAGGGCCGCCGGAGCAACAGCUUCCGGGGUGCGUCGUCACCGCUAGAUGCGGGCGUUGACGACUCUAUAAGGUCGCCGACGACGAUUUUUUGGCUGGUUCUUCACGGGCUCUGCUGCUUAAUUAGCUUAGUCCUCGGAUUCCGAUUUUCGCGUAUCGUGUUCUUCCUUCUCUUUUCUACUGCUUCCUCCCCUUCUACCACCACUAUAUCCGGCGCCACGUCGCCGCCGGAAAGGAAUAUCUCGGGCGUUGGCGGUGGGAGUAGAGUGGUGGUGGGGAGGCACGGAAUACUGAUAAGGCCGUGGCCCCAUCCGGAUCCGGCGGAGGUGAUGAAGGCGCAUAAGAUAAUCGAGAGGGUUCAGUUAGAGCAGAGGUCUCAGUACGGGGUUAAGGGCCCUAGAACUCUGAUCGCAGUCACGCCAACUUAUGUACGGACUUUUCAGACCCUGCAUCUCACAGGCCUGAUGCAUUCUCUGAUGAAUGUGCCCUAUGAUGUUAUUUGGGUUGUUGUGGAAGCUGGCGGCCACACCAAUGAAACAGCAUCACUCAUCUCGAAAUCAGGAUUGAGAACCAUCCACAUUGGAUUUGAUACGAAAAUGCCAGUUUUGUGGGAGGAUCGGCAUAAGUUGGAAUCGAAGAUGAGGCUCCAUGCUUUAAGAGUAGUUAGAGAGAAGAGGUUAGAUGGAAUUGUGAUGUUUGCGGAUGAUAGUAACAUGCAUGCUUUGGAGUUGUUUGAUGAGAUCCAGAAAGUGAAAUGGGUAGGUGCGGUUUCAGUUGGGAUUCUUGCGCACUCUGGAGGUUCUGAAGAAGGAGAAUUACCGGUGAUUCAGAGAGAUGAUAGUAAAAAAGAUGACAAAGAUCCACAACUGCCGGUCCAAGGUCCGGCUUGUAAUUCCUCAAACCAUUUGGUGGGAUGGCACACUUUUGAUUCAUUGCUAUUCCUGGAGAAGAGUGCAAGAUAUAUUGGUGAUAGGGCAGUCGUGCUGCCAAGGAAGCUGGAGUGGGCUGGGUUUGUAUUGAAUUCCAGGUUGGUGUGGGAAGAUGCAGACAAGCCGGGUUGGGUUAAGGAAUUUGAAGAGGUUGGUAGGGAUGGAGAGGAUGUAGAAAGCCCGUUGUCCUUUCUGAAUGAUGCUUCAGUAGUGGAGCCUCUUGGUAGCUGUGGGCGCAAAGUUAUGCUGUGGUGGCUGCGUGUUGAGGCAAGGGCAGACAGCAAAUUCCCUGCCAGAUGGAUAAUCGACCCUCCUCUAGAGAUUACGGUCCCCGCAAAACGCACCCCAUGGCCUGAUGCUCCUCCCGAACUCCCAUCUUCUGUCGAAAAGGUGAUCAGCAUCCAGGAGACUACCGACAAACGCGCAUCAAAAAGCGGGUCGAGAAGAAAACGCAGCUCCCGAAGCAAGAGGAAGCACACAGCAAAAGUGAUAGAUGAGCAUGUCUCCACAAGGCAUUCUGCAGAUAACUAGUGAACUUGAGAUAUUAUACCACUCUGUGAAUUCGUGACUAUUAGCAAACCUUCGACAUCAGUACAUGAAGACGGGGACGAGUAAGAUCUUGUUCGGUGAAUACAGGAAGGCAUCAUGUGUUACAUAUACGAUAGCCAGUCGAGUCGAUACAUACAUCUCGAUUUUUGUUUCCAGCUAAUUUUCAUGUUCAAUUCCUGUGAAAGUAUUGCUUUUCUUAUUCAA